GAUUAGUUUAUCUUAAUGCAGGGCAUGAUGUGAAGUAAAACAGCCUUCUACAAUCAUCUAGUACAAAUACAAUCAUCUUCAUUCUAGUGGGUACAUUCAUUCAUUCACUCAUAGUACAAAUACACUUUCAGGUUUUGUUUUUUUUGCGUACUAUUGAAGCAUGCAUUUAUUUUUUUCUGGCAGCCAGGAUCAACACAACUAUGUCUAUGGGCGCUUUGUCUGAAGCACUUGCUAUCUCUCAACUGGAUGCUGAGGUACUGGACAGAGAGGUGAUCCGCGUCUUAUUUGAGGCUGUGCGAGGUCUCUUUCCCUGGGAUCCUCAGCGCCAGGGGUCCUUCGGAUUCCCGUCAUCUCUCACAGAACGAGGUCGUGUAGAUUAAGUUGAACGAGGUGUACUAUAAUGUAGUUGAACAGCACUAGUACAGGAUAAUGUUGAACACUUGACUUCUUCUAAGUUGAAAGAAGCGGUGCUUUGAUUUUGAAUACUGUAAUGUUGAAUACUUCUAAGUAACUUGAAAGAAGCGGUGCUUUGAUUUUGAAUACUGUAGUGUUGAUUGAACACUACUAAAUUGCUGUAAUUGAGCACUAUGAUAAUUGUGUUGACUGAAAAAUAGUUCUAAGUUGCAGGAAGCAGUGCGUUGGGCUACUUUGGUGUCGAUGACCUCCUGAACGAACAGAGCACUCUUGCUGUGCGACCUUGGUUAGAGGAAAGAGGACCCCACCUUAUAGGUUUGUGCGUACCCCGCCUUAUCCUUUGGUAUGCAACUGUGUGGCGCGAUGCGAGCACGCCAGGCAUGCAGCUACAGAACAUUGCCUUGGCGAAUGGGCAUGCAAUAGAUGCUCAUAGACAAUGGCGCAAAGUCUAUAUCCAGAAUCUGACGAGGAAUAAGGAAAACUUCGACAGGGAAAGAGAUUGUAAUGAUCAGGUUUUGCGAAGUGCGACGUCUCAUGCCUCUCUCUCGUCGGACACGAGCACCUCUUUAUCGAAAACGCAAAAGAUUUUACUACUUGUCGCAGACCUUACCCCGUGGCGCCGGAUCACCGAUGCACUUGCUAUGGAACCAAAAUCUCUCAUCAUUAUCGUACUUUUCAACUUAAGAAACUGAAACUUGAAAAUAUUAAUAUAAUAUAAUGGCUUUCCGCAUCCGCUUCAUACUUGCAGACUUUCUGUGGAAACUCAAGAAGAGGUCACCUGACGAGGACACGACAGAGAGUCGGGUCUUCCGCUCAAAAGUCCGUGAUGUCGCUGCGAUCGCCCGCUCCGCUUUUACCGCUGCUUUCCUAGCGGGCUUGAUACGGUACGCGUCUGUGACGCAUUUCUUUGCAAACUUAAGGCUCCUCAUGCAAAAAUGAUUAAAGCUGUCUUUAAUACCCCACGAAGGAAUGGGUACACUACUACUACUACUACUACUACUACAUCUUGAAAAACUGUUUUAGAUCUAUCAAGGUGUAUCUGUGUUUGACACGUAACUUUCUAAGGGGAUAAAGAUGACUCAUACUAAAAGUAGUUCCACAAUAAAGGUACGCUUCAAGAUGAACUACAUUUAAUUUGAUUUUCCAAAGUCGUGAUAUUGAUGACAAUGCAAGCAAGGGCAAAAAGAGUUGAAAUAUACAGAAGACACAUAUUGAAAUGCAAAGACUAACAAAAGCCACACACAAACACCUCUAGAAUAGGUACAAUCAUCAUCAUCAUCAUCAUCGUCUAAGAAGUAUACGCUUUGUUCCUCUACAACCGGGUGCCAGGAGGCUUAUAGCACAAGACUAUAUGCGGCUGCUUCCCCUGCUUUUUAGCCAUGUGAUGCGGAGCGUUGUGCAGAUGCGAAGUCUUUAGAAGUACGUGUCGGUGAUGCAGCGAAGUCUAUUAUAGUAUAAUAAGAACCAAAUGAAGUCGUGGUCGACAUUUCUUUGUAAAGAAUGAGAAAUGCGAAGUCGAAGUUUUGGAAUUUUGGAACCUAAGCACAAUGAAGUAGCGUAAAAUUUUCCGUUAUAGCCCUACGUGAAUUAUGGAUACGCUAGAAUUCUUGCUAGUACGAUUACUACUUCUACUCAACUCCACGGGAUGUCCGUGACUCAGGGACACGCACCUGAGAACGCCACCUUGUUACUGUCAGUUAGGACAGCUUACAAACAUGGAAAAAUUAUACGUAAAUACUUGAUAUGCACGCUCAAAUCCGUAUCUGAGCCGAGUGCUUGCAGGAAUUCAAGGUUACCACGGAGAAUGGUGG